AUGGGCCUCGCCUGCCUCUUCGGGGAUCGGUAUCGCCACCAUCAUCAGCGCCUACGCCUCCUCCCCAUGUUCUACGAUGAUCUGCACGCACUCCUGGUGUUUGAGUCAAAGUCGGAAUAGCUGAUUCUCCUUGAUGACGUCAAUGCCAGCCUCAGGACCGAUUACCCUGCCCGGGGCGAUUGCUGGGUUCUCAUGGGAUCGGCGGCUGCAGCGACAACCGCCUCCCUCGCCUACGAACCUGCGCAGACCAGUCCUCCCCCUGACCAACACUUUCCGACUUCCGACGCGGCUGACGACAGCUCGACCGUCCGUUUCGACGAUGUCUACCGCGUGCUCUACAGCAAGGAGGAGCAGAGGCGGUGA